AAUAACCCUAAAAUGUUGAUCAUAUUGUAUUUACUGCUGAUGCUCAAAGUGGGGCGAUGCACAGACAAGCAGAUCUUUGAGACAAAGACUGUUUGUGUUGGAGAUAAUGUGACCCUCACAUGUGCUCGCAAGGGUUCAGGAAGCUUGUUUUGGAUCAGGAUUGUUUCUGGAAACUUUCCUCAAGUGUUGGGAAAAACAUAUAGCUUGGAGUCUGUUGAUCCUCGAUUUAGAGUCACUGAAGAGCUUGGAACAUUUGUUUUGUCUAUUAAAAAAGCAAAGCUAAGUGAUGCAACAGUUUACUUCUGUAUGAAAAUACAUCAACAGAACUUUAUAUUUUUAAAUGGAACAGACCUGAGAGUUGAAGGAGCAGAACCUGAUGUCACUGCAGUCCCUACACCUGAUCCAGUCCAUACAGAAGCCUCUGUGUCUCUGCAGUUUUCAACCCUCUCUGACUCAGAGACAAAACUGUGUCCAGAAGAAAAGUGUGUGUGCUGUUUUGGAGCAGGAGCUGAAUCUCACCCAAGUUUUAAUUAUACUCAAGGAAACAGUGUUUGUGGAUAUGACAAGAAUCCUGAGGGACUCUCAACAAAGAAAUGUAUAUGCACCUUCUUGAAGAAUGUCACCUCUUCUGACGCUGGGACUUAUCACUGUGCUGUGUCCACGUGUGAACAGAUAAUUUCUGGAAAUGGAUCAAAACUCGAUACCAAUGCAGAAAGCGGUUUGCAUGCGCAGAAGGACAACACAGUUCUCUUUCUGUUAUGUGCUGCUUUGGCUAUAAGUCUGAUCGUUAUAGCCUUUCUCAUUUAUUUAAUCAAGCAACUCAAGAAAAGUUCUUAUGGUUAUUACGUUGAUGUUGCUCUACAAGCAAAUGCAACAGCCAGUGCUAAUCAGGAAAGUCAGCAGACAGAUGAGGAUUCACUGGUUUAUUCUGCACCUACCUUCACCAGCAGACAAGCUAGAGCUAGCAAAGCAGGAACAAGAGAUACAAAAACAGCCGAAGAAGAGAGUAUCUACACUGAUGUCCGUGCUCUUGGGUUGGAUAGAUAAUAGUAAUAAUCUCAAAUAGUCUAAAAACACUCCAUUUGCUUAUUGAUAAUAAUAAUUUUGUCUUCACACUGUGAGGGUACAUUGAAAUUUUAUUUCACCUCUAAAGUCAGUAAAAUAUACAGUACCCGUCAAUGGUUUGGACACACUCUCCCAUUGGGAAAGUGAUAUUUGACCUAUUCCUGAAUAUAUUUGACAUAUAUUUAACCAAAAAAAAAUCUUUUUGACAUUAUAUGUAGUUAUAUUUAUUGUACCAAUAGACCAAUGACUAUAUACUUCCCUUUCACUGUACAAACAUGAAGCCAAAAUAUCUGCACAGUCAUGAUCGGCGAGUGGAGCCACAGUAUCAAGGUCCCACCUAUACACCCACUAGACCCAAUCACAAGUCAGUCACAGCUGUCAAUCAAUCAUGACGUUACACUCACUUUUUAUAAGCAUCAAAUAACUAAUUAAACCCAAACGUAUCAUGAAAAGUAACACUUGAACAUACAUCAAUGUGAUAAGAGUUACCUCAAAUGACAGAAACCAUGUUUGGGAAAUUUUUUUUGAUAUACUUUGAUUUAUUAGUUUGGCCCAUAUCCCAUCCACUAACACAGAGAGGGCGGGGUUUAUGACCUAUACUGCAGCCAGCCAACAGAGGGCGAUUAGUUGUUUUGGCUUCAUUGUUGGGGAGCUGUGAUGUCGUCGAUCUUUGUAUAUAGUCAUUGCAGUAGAGCUAUGCAGUAGGGAUCACAAAACUGAGUUUUUAUCAAAGUUGAGAAACUUAUGUCCUUUUGUAUAUGUAUUUGUAAGUCUGUAAACAUCUUCCAUGUAUCAAUGCCAUGCCAAGCUAAUGUACUGACAGGACAUGGUGGGUGUGUAAAUGUGUUGCUUCCUUCAUAAAAAAUAAAUAACAAGAGAUAUCAAACCUAUAAUGAAAUCACAAGUUAAACUUAAAUUUUAAUGCACCAUUUUCUAAAACUUUGUGGUGUUUUUUUUUUGCUUAUA